AUGUCCUCAACCGUAAUCACCCAACCUUCGGCAACCCUCAGGCUCCGGUCUGACUUCGCCGCACUCAACGCCGAGACCAAGCGUACCCGACGCAUUGCCUACCCAGAGACAAAGGAGGCUCAACGGCAAUGGCAACUGGAACAGAUGGCAGGCGCUUUCCGCAUCUUCGCAAAGUUGGGUUUCUCCGAUGGAUCGAGUGGUCACAUUAGCCUGAGAGACCCCGUGGACCCAGAGACCUUUUGGAUCAAUCCCUACGGCACUCACUUUGGCAUGCUCACAGUCUCGGACAUGAUCCACAUCGAUAAGGAAGGCAAUCGCAUCGGCGGCGCUGACGGCCCAGUCAACGUUGCUGGCUUCAUGAUUCACUCUGCCAUCCACCAGCAAAGACCUGAUAUUAAUGCUGCCUGCCACAUGCACAGUCCUUUUGGACGCGCCUGGUCGACGUUUGGAAAGCCCAUAGAGAUGCUAAACCAGGACUCUUGCAUGUUUUAUAACGACCUAUCUGUGUAUUCCAACUUUGGAGGGGUUGUCUUUGCCAAAGAAGAAGGCUACCGUAUCGCCGAUGCCUUGGGUUCCGAAAACAAAAACCUCAUCUUAAAGAACCAUGGCCUCUUGACCAGUGGCGGGACCAUUGCGGAGGCGGCAGCAUUCUUCAUCGCCCUGGAGCGGGCCUGCGAGACGCAGCUUCUCGUAGAGGCUGCCGUAGCCAGUGGCAAGAUUGAGAAGACCUACAUCGGAGAGAAAGAAGCCAGAUACACCAAGGACGGUACUGGGUCACCUGCCGUAAUGUACUUGCAGUUUAUCCCCGAGUAUGAGAUGAUCUUGAAGCAGACUGGCGCAGAGUUUUUGUUGUAA